AUGAUGAUGUUACUUCGCUUUCGAGGAGCAUCGCCUGGGGAGUUUACACUAAAAAAUGUUAUUUGGUUGCUAUUCACUUUCUUUACUGGACUGGCUGUUGCUACUGCAUCCCGGCCCCCCUUCUAUCAGAAUCCCAUUCUACCACCCCAUAUCCCUCAAGGACAAGGCCAUGAGAAACAUGAAUUUACUCUCCGACAUAUAUAUCAUCGGGGGACAGACGAAGAUCCGGAUCUCCAUCUGAGAUUCGAUGUUACGCCAGAAACCCGUUUACAAGUACUUUCGGAGGAUACGGGGUUACCAGAAUCCAUAGAAACCUACCCAGAGUCUCUAACUGCACACUCUCGGCCUAUGAUUAUACAUAGGCUGGCGGACCGUCGACCGUCUGUCAUGGAAAGCUAUCGGGUCCACGCCAGAUCCUCGGGCACCGCCAUCACCCUGCCGGAUAACGCCUGGGUUUUGGACGAGACAACCGGGCCUGAUGUUACUAGCAAGGAGACCGUUCUCACUUUUGCUAAGAUGACCGCGAAUGACUACAUCCAGGAGCCAGGGACUGGAGACUGGAAUCAGAUCAGUGGACGCUUCAACUGGUCAACAAGUUUCGGAUGGCUGGGAGACGGACUAAGAGGCCAUAUCUAUGCAGAUCAAACUAACGGCACUAUUAUUAUAUCCUUAAAAGGCACAUCUCCUGCCUUAUUUGAUGGAGCGGAAACAACAACAAAUGAUAAAUUGAAUGAUAAUCUAUACUUUAGUUGCUGUUGUGGCCAGGGUGGCUCCUAUCUUUGGCGACAAGUAUGUGACUGCUCAACAUCAGUCUAUACCGCCAAUGAGACCUGUAUAAUCGAGGCCCUUCACAAUAAAGACCGGUAUUAUGAGUCUGCGCUUGAUUUAUAUACCAAUAUUACUCACCUCUAUCCGAAUGCAAAUGUAUGGCUGACUGGCCAUUCUCUCGGCGGAGCAAUGAGCGCACUUCUUGGCCUAACAUUUGGCCUUCCGACAUUUGCUUUUCAAGCUAUACCUGAUGCAUUGCCCGCAGCAAGGUUGGGAUUGCCAUCGCCUUCUGGGGUUAAUGCUGUGCUACCUCAGUCGCGACGAAAUACUGGAAUCUAUCACAUCGGCCAUACGGCAGACCCCAUCUAUAUGGGUACAUGUAAUGGUGUUGGGUCUACCUGCACUUGGUGGGGAUACGCUUUUGAAUCCGCGUGUCAUGUUGGCGAUAUGUGCGUCUACGAUACAGUGGGUGAUAAAGGCUGGAGAGUGAGCAUUGCCGCUCAUCGAAUCAAGACUGUUAUCUCCGAUGUAUUAGAGGCGUACGACGAGGUGGCUUCAUGUGCGCCCGAAGAGGAGUGCUAUGAUUGCGAAUUGUGGAAAUUCUUCAAGAGCAACGGGUCGGAGACGAGUCCUACUAGCACAAUCGCCACGACAACAUCACCGUCACCUACAAGAACUGCAACAUGCGAAACACCAGGUUGGUGGGGCUGCUUGGACAAGACAACCACGGCUAGAACUUCUUCUUCUACGAGUGUAACAACAACAUCCACAUCUACCUGCGAGACUCCAGGAUGGUUCGGAUGCAAAGACCAUACUACAGUUACAACCACCACCGCAACUUCGUAUCCUUCGCAUACACCGACUCAGUCUUCAUCGACAUCCACCUGCUUGACUCCCGGCUGGUUCGGCUGUCUUGAUCCAACGGAAUCCGUGCCUCUUACGACCGCUAUUUCCUCGUCAACAACCUGUCAUUCUCCAGGCAUUGUCUGGGGUUGUCAUGACUCUACAACUACUUCUCCUGGGCAUGCAAUCACACCCCGCCCAAUUUUCUAG